AUGAAUAGUCCGACCAUGAUUCUUUUUCGUACGGCUACGUAUCUAUUGGGUCGUGACGAUGGCGGUCAUAUACUAUUUCGUGGUUCGACAUUAACAAAAAUAUUACGAAAUUCAUUUAUUGGUGAUAAAUCAAAAGUUUCUAUGAUUGCAAUGGUAUCACCAAUACAUUGUGAUGUUGAAAAUACAACGAAUACAUCACGCUAUGGUGAUCGAAUUAAAGAAUUACGAGCUGGAGAUAAUGAUGAGAUCAUAUCAAAUAAAAAUGGAAUAUCAAAAGAAAAUGAAUUACAAAUACAUUUACAAGCAUUUGCUGAUUGUAUUCAACAAAAAGAACAAAUUGCUGCAGCACAACGAAUGAAAAAACAGCAAACAAAUAUUAGUCGAUAA